AUGAACUGUGUCUCUCCUCUUAGCCGCUUAAGCAUCAUGACACCCCAUAUCUGCGGCCUAUGCCCCAUCGGCUCACAAAAACAGUUCUUACCCCUCGUCGAUACUAAGGCCCAUACGACCAUCCUCGAUACAACCUCGAGAACAAUUCUCACCCAGAAGUAUCUCAACCCUUCCGCAAGUGAAGCCAUCCGAGAGCUGCGGUACACGUUCCCGCUCUACGAUGGGGUGAGUGUUGUCGGUUUCGUCUGCCGAAUCGGCGAUCGAACCAUCGUUGGUCAGGUCAUGGAGCGGCAACAAGCCAAGAAGGUCUUCAAGGACGCAGUGAUCCGAGGCGACAAAGCUGCUCUUCUGGAACAACUCCCGAGCGCCUCAGACGUUUUUACGACCACUGUAGGAAAUGUCCCUGCGGGUGUCGAGGUUGUUGUCGAGAUCACGUACGUUGGCGAGCUGAAGCAUGAUGCCGAAGUCAAUGGCCUCCGAUUCACUAUCCCGACCUCUAUCAUGCCUCGAUAUGGUAGCCUUCCAGUCGAGCUCAACGCCAAAUCUGCAAUAUCCGGAGGGCGUCUUCAGGUUACAGUCGAUAUCGUCUUGGCUCAGUCGAACGUUAUUCAGAGGGUCCAAUCCCCAAGUCAUCCGAUCACCGUUUCCAUAGGAACAACCUCGUUCGCGCCGAAUGCCAACGCAGUCAUGUCGAAGGCGUCUGCAACCCUUAGUCUCGGCGACGCUGCCCUGGACAAGGAUUUCAUUAUCCAAGUGGUAUCCAAGGAUACUGGGGUACCGACAGCCAUACUUGAGACCCAUCCAAGGUUCCCAAACCAACGAGCACUGAUGACAACACUCGUUCCAAAGUUUGCACUCCCUGCUGAAAGACCCGAGCUCGUGUUCAUAUGCGAUUGUAGUGGUAGCAUGUCGGGCUCCAACAUCGACCUUGUUAGAUCGGCUCUAAAGGUGCUUCUGAAGAGUCUUCCUGUUGGUAUCAAGUUCAACCUCUGUUCCUUCGGCAGUUCGUACUCGUUUCUAUGGCCCACGAGCGCAACUUAUUCCCAAACUACGCUGAACCAGGCAGUUAAGCACGUUGAGAGUAUGUCCGCCGAUCUGGGAGGAACCGAGAUGUUUCAACCAAUCAAGGCAGCACUCGACCGGCGAUACAAGGAUAUCCCUCUUGCAGUCAUGCUUCUGACAGAUGGAGAAGUUUGGGAUCAAGAUUCUCUCUUUGCUUACCUAAACAAGGAGAUUAUCGAGACUAACGCCCCCAUCCGCGUCUUUACGCUCGGCAUCGGCAAUGGGGUCUCUCAUGCUCUGAUCGAAGGUGUGGCCAAGGCUGGAAAUGGAUUUUCACAGUCUGUAGGUGAGGGUGAAAAGAUGGAGGGCAAGGUUGUUCGUAUGCUCAAGGGCGCACUGACUCCUCAUGUCGUCGACUACACUCUGGAGGUGAGAUAUGCUAGUGCCGAGGUCAAGAUCGAGGACAUGGACGACGAUGACUUUGAAAUCGUCGAGAAGGUUAUCGACAGCUUGAGUGUCGCAGUAAACGUUGCGGACGACACGGAGGCCGAAUCUGAGUCAGUCUCGAUGGAGAAGAAACCCAUCUCUCUCUUCGAUCCAUCAGUCGACUUGGACCUAGAGGAGAAGGAGCUGGCCGCUACCCCUGAGAACAUUGACAUGGGUGAAGCAGCGUUUGCCAGUCUUCCUGCAGUGACACCAAAAUUGCUUCAGACACCACACAUCAUCCCCCCUCUCUAUGCCUUCAACCGAACCAACGUCUACCUUCUCAUGAGCCAACAGUGCAGUUCCUUGACCCCAAAAUCAGUUGUUCUUCGCGGAGUCUCCAGGUAUGGUCCUCUUGAGAUCGAGAUCCCAAUACAAGUCCUUGACACGCCUGGAGAGACUAUCCAUCAACUCGCUGCGAAGAGUGCUAUUGCAGAACUGGAGCAAGGCCGCGGUUGGAUCACACAACUCAGGGACAAGUCUGACGGGCAACUCUUCCGAAUGAAGUAUGAGAGUCGAUUCGCUGACAUGGUCGAGCGUGAGGCCAUCCGUCUUGGCGUCCAGUUCCAGGUCGGAGGCAGGUGGUGUUCGUUUGUGGCGACUGAGACUAACAAAGAAAGCGACAAUGCGACUCGGAAUGAAGUUGAGCUCCCUCUUGUGGUCACGAAGGAAACCGGUGUUGUCGAUGUUGUAAAGUCUUCUGACUUCAUGGGAUCUUCCCGGUCCCGUAUCAUCCACUCCGCUACCAGUGCUGGUGCCAUUGCUAUUGUCGCCCGCGAGAACGAGAUCGAGACCAGGGAGCAGGUCAUUACCACCGAGACCACUACCACUACCACCACCACCACCGAGGGUGAGACUGUUCUCGAGCACGUCCAGAAGGAUGUGAUCGUUGACAAGACGGUCGAGGUCGAUGAUGAUGUUUCCGUUAAGGUUGAGAAGGAGGCCAAAGAGAUCAUCAUCACCAAGGAGACCGGUAAGGUUACUAAACCUGCUAUUUCCAAGGGCACUUCCUGGUUCCGUAAGAUUGCCACUACUACCGGUGCCGCCGUUGUGGGUGCUGGAGCUGUUGCCGUCGGAGCUGGAGUUCUUGCUGUCGGAGCUGCUAAGGGUGCUGCUUCUGGAGCAGGUCAUGCCGCCCAUGGUGCUUUGGAGAAAGUCGAUGGAGCUUGGAAGCGUUCCGUCCCGGUCCUUACUACCCGCAAGGCCCAUGUUGAUAAGGUCGCCCCCAUCGCCAAGACCUCGUACGUCUACUACGAUGAUGAGGUCUACGAUGCUGUCCUUACCGAGAAGUCGACUGGCGUUGCCUAUGUGAUCCAGCUUCUCUUCGACCAUGCCACCGCCAAGUACUACGUCUAUUUCCGCUGGGGCGAGACCGACUACAGAUUGGAUGGGCCCCACGAGACCGUCGAGUCUGCCAAGGCCGUCUUCCAGGUCACCUACCAAGAGCAGUUCGGUGUUCAGUGGCAUGAGCGUGAAACGACCCUCAGCGAGCGCUUCAUCUACGAGGUCAAAACCUACGAGACUUUCGAGACCCUUGAAGAAGUCGAGGUCACCACUACCACCACCCAAGAUGAUGUCGUCUCUGGCGCCUUGACUCUGAUGGACUUGCAGACGUUUGAGGGGUUUUGGGAAUGGCAGGAGAGUCUGUUUUCUUGGGUCGGAGUGGAUCCUAAACUGGCUGAAGCAGUGAUCAAAAAGCAUGGAUGGGAUUUCAGGGUUGCGGCUACGGCAUUUGCGAUCGUGUUCUUGGAGAAGAAGCAGGCCAAGGAGAAGGACACAUGGGAGCUGGUGGUUGAGAAGGCCAAAGGGUGGAUGGAGGAAAAAAUUGGUGUACAUAUGGUUGAAGAGGUGCUGCACAAGGUCGUAGAGUUGGUUAAGUAA